GUGGCAGUCCAGCGCAGUUUAGGCGUUUAAGAUCCCGUUCCGGGGCUAUCGCGAUCUCUUCCACGCCUCCAAGAUGGCGCAACAAGACAAGGGUGAGAAGGAGAACCCCAUGCGGGAGUUGCGUAUCCGCAAACUCUGCCUGAACAUCUGUGUUGGGGAAAGUGGAGACAGGCUAACCCGGGCAGCCAAAGUGCUGGAGCAGCUCACUGGCCAGACUCCUGUUUUCUCCAAAGCUCGAUACACAGUCAGGUCCUUUGGGAUCAGGAGAAAUGAGAAGAUAGCCGUUCACUGCACUGUACGCGGGGCCAAAGCUGAAGAGAUCUUGGAGAAAGGGUUGAAGGUGCGAGAAUACGAGCUGAGGAAGAAUAACUUCUCUGACACCGGCAACUUUGGCUUUGGAAUCCAGGAGCACAUUGAUCUGGGGAUUAAAUACGAUCCUAGUAUUGGUAUCUACGGCUUGGACUUCUAUGUGGUUUUGGGCAGGCCAGGCUUCAGCAUUGCUGACAAGAAGCACCGAACUGGUAGCAUUGGGGCCAAGCACCGAAUCAGCAAGGAGGAAGCCAUGCGUUGGUUCCAGCAGAAGUAUGACGGCAUCAUCCUUCCUGGUAAAUGAAAAGUUUCCAGUAUAAAAAAGUCAAUAAAUUUUUCCACCAUUUAA